AUGGGUCCCAAAUCAAAGGGCAAUGCCCGUGGAGGAGGACCGAAACCAGGAACCAAACAGGCAAAAGCUGCCGCCGAAAAGUCUGCGCAAACCACAAAUGUGCAGCAGACCGAGGGAGAGGCCAAAAAGCCUACAGUCAAACAGCUUAUUGGCGGCGCAUCAUGGACGGGCAAGCUCCCGGUCAAUCUGCUCUCGGAGCAUUGUCAGAAGCAGAAGUGGGAGAAACCAGAAUAUACAAUGAAGCAAUCAGCGCAAGGCUUUUCGUCGUCAGUCAUCUUGAGUAAAGUCGAUCCCAAGACUAAAGAGAAAAUCACUCUACCCCCAAUGCAAUUACCCCCCGCCCAAAAGGCUCUCGCGACCCGACCGACGGCUUUAGAAGCUAGACAUUUCGCAGCUAUAUAUGCUCUCUAUCGAGUCUGCAAUAUGAGAAACAUGACAUUGAUGCUGCCGCCGGACUAUCGAAAGCUAUGGAAAGAAGACUUUACAACAAUGAAAAGCGAAGCAGCCGCCGAGGGCAAAGCGUGGAUGUACGAGGCCGAUCCAUUUUUAGCGAAGCAACAACGUGAGGCUGCUACUGCUGAGAUGGAAAAGAAGAGAGCGGAGCAACAGAAAUUACAGGAAAAGGCCAAACAAGAUGGAGCUCAAGGUCCGAGUGGCUUUGAAGAGAAGAAAGGAGGAAAAGGCUGGGCGCAAGCACCCAAGGUUGAACUUGGAAACAAGAUACGACGUGAUAUCGAAGAGCUCCUAAGACACAAGACCGUAUGGAACCCAUAUAGCGUAAUUAUACCCGAAUCGCAACGCAAAGCAAUUGUCGAUGACCUCUCUCGAGUUGGAUUUCGUCGAAGUCAUGUUGAAGAAGCAGUUGCUGAAUGCAAGGAUCGCGAAGAGGUACUGGAAUGGCUGUUGCUAUAUGUGCCGGAGGACGAUUUACCCCGUUGGAGUCUGCCGGAAAAUUACACCGCUGGCAUCAGUCUAGCAAGCGGGGACCUCGUACGAGAAUCAAAAAUCAGACGCCUUACUGCAGCUGGCUAUCCUUCCGAUCUGUGCGCAACCACCCUUGAUAGUGAAGGUGGAAACGAAGCAUUAGCUGCCGAGAAGCUUCAGACAACUAUAACCCAACAUAUUCCACAAAAUACAUCGAUCGAUGACGACGAGCAAGAAGAAGCCUGGGCUGAAGAAGCCGACACAUUAGAAGCUAUAUUUGGGGAUCGAUACAAACGAGUCUCAGAGAUAGUGUGUGAAAUUAAAGGAGACGUCCCUAACAUGACAAAGCCCGUCACCUUUCGAUUCCAGAAGCCCACAAAGUCAUAUCCAGUCCAUCCGCCGGUCAUUUCGGUGAUUUCUGACGGCCUUCCAGCAUACAUUCGACUAAGCGCUGUUCGCAAGGCCAUACGGUAUGCUACUGAAGAUCUCACAGGAACACAAAUGGUCUUCAGCUUAGUAGAUUGGUUGGAAACGAACCUUCCCGAGAUAGUGGAAAAUCCGGGUCAGUUGAAGGAUAUAUCUUCUGGGGCCCGCGAGUCUUUAGAAAGACCGACGACUGCCACACAGCUGCCUCUUCGCUCGGGGCGCAGGAAUGCUGAAAGCUCUGCAGCGAGGGUUAAUGUGCAUUUAGGUAUCGAGCUUCGCAAAACCUGGGAAUCGAAGCAAAAUUCGCCAGCUCAGAUCAGUAUGAAUCGACAACGGCAAUCCUUGCCUGCCUGGGCAAUGCAGGAGGCUAUAAUCCAUUGCGUCAACUCAUAUCAAGUGACAAUUAUAUCAGGAGAAACCGGUAGUGGAAAAAGUACACAAUCCGUUCAAUUCGUUCUGGACGAUUUAUUGAAACGAGAUCUCGGAGACGUGGCGAACAUCGUUUGCACACAGCCAAGGAGGAUUUCAGCUCUCGGUCUUGCGGAUCGUGUCAGUGACGAGCGAUGCUCCUCUGUUGGGGAUGAAGUCGGAUAUAUCAUUCGAGGUGAUUCCAAAGUCAAAUCUGGCAGGACGAAGAUCACAUUCAUGACAACCGGUGUUCUGCUUCGCAGACUCCAGACAGCGCCUGGAUCGAGCGAUGAUAUCGCAAAAUCACUUUCCAACAUUACACAUGUCGUAGUGGAUGAGGUUCACGAGAGAAGUCUUGAUACUGAUUUUCUUCUUGCUCUAUUGCGAGAUAUCCUGAACCGUCGUGAUGAUCUCAAAGUCAUUUUGAUGAGUGCCACAUUAGAUGCGGAUAUCUUCAUGCGAUAUUUCGGAGGACCUUCGCGAGUUGGUCGUGUGAGCAUACCAGGACGCACGUUUCCAGUCGAAGACUACUACGUGGAUGACAUUCUACGUCAGACUGGGUAUAACAGAGGACCAUCUAUGACUUCAGACCUUGAUGAUGACAGUCUCACAGAAGACCAGGCUUUAGGAAAGUCACUCCGUAGCCUUGGAUUUGGUAUCAACUACGACUUGAUCGUAUCAACAGUGCGACACAUAGACUCUGAAUUAGGGGAUGACCCAGGCGGCAUUCUUAUUUUUCUUCCGGGAACCAUGGAAAUCGAUCGCUGUCUUAGUGCUAUCAGAGCGAUCCCAAAUCUCCAUGCUUUGCCUCUUCAUGCAUCUCUCCUACCGGCGGAUCAGAAACGAGUUUUCAAUCCUGCACCUAAGGGCAAACGAAAAGUGAUCGCGGCCACCAACGUAGCCGAAACAUCAAUUACAAUCGACGACGUCGUUGCCGUGAUAGAUACAGGUCGAGUCAAGGAAACAAGCUUCGAUCCCAAAGAUAACGUGGUCAAGUUGCAAGAAGUCUGGGCAUCUCAAGCCGCCUGCAAACAACGCCGUGGACGAGCUGGUCGUGUCAAAGCCGGAAAAUGCUACAAACUUUUCACGCGUAGUGUUGAAUCCAACAUGGCACCGCGACCUGAUCCGGAGAUUCGGCGUGUUCCCUUGGAACAACUUUGUCUUUCUGUUGUAGCCAUGAACAGCAUCCAGAAUGCAGCUGACUUUCUUGCAAAGACUCUAACGCCGCCAGAGACCAUCGCCGUCGAAGGCGCGCUGACUCUUUUACAUAGCAUCGGCGCCUUGGACAAUCACAAGUUGACAGCUCUCGGUCGACAUAUGUCGAUGAUACCUGCGGACCUUCGGUGCGCAAAGCUGAUGGUAUACGGGUCUAUAUUUGGUUGCGUAGACGCAUGCGUCACCAUAGCCUCGAUUCUUAUUGCAAGAAGCCCCUUCGUAUCGCCCCGUGACAAGCGUGAAGAGGCCACCGCUGCCAGAGCAGCAUUCUCGCGCGGAGGUGGCGACCUCCUAACCGAUCUAGCUGCAUAUCAGCAAUGGAACGAGAGAUCUAAGUCAUCUGGAUACUGGCAGAGCAACUCAUGGUGCUCUGAAAACUUUUUGUCGCACCAAACCCUCCGCGAAAUAUCCUCUAACCGCGCACAACUUCUCACAUCGCUGAAAGACGCCGGAAUCCUACCAUUCGAGUAUAAAGAGGGCACCAACUCAUCAACCCGCUGGGACCGAAACGACAAGAACACAUCCCUCCUCCAAGCCUUAAUCGCAGGCUCAUUCAACCCACAAAUAGCACAAAUCAAAUUCCCAGACAAGAAAUUCGCAGCUUCUAUGACAGGCACAAUUGAACUCGAUCCAGACGCAAGGACCAUCAAAUACUUCAACCUUGAAAACGGCCGAGUCUUUAUCCAUCCCAGCUCGAUGCUUUUUUCGGUUCAGAACUUCGCGAAUGCGGCGUAUCUCAGCUAUUUUUCGAAGAUGGAGACGAGUAAAGUGUUUAUUCGUGAAUUGACUCCGUUCAACGUCUAUACCCUUCUUCUCUUCGCUGGUCCCAUAAUCCUAGAUACCAUGGGCCGCGGCAUAGUCGUAGAUGGAUGGCUUCGUCUCCGGGGUUGGGCACGAAUAGGCGUACUAGUCUCGCGUCUCAGGAUGAUGCUCGAUAGUGUUCUGGCUGCGAGGAUAGAUAACCCCUCUGCUUCUUCGCUGGGUGGUGCAGGAGAAGAGCUUGAGGCUAAGGUCAUUGAGUUGGUGACCAAAUUGGUCGAGUAUAACGGGUUGGAUCAGUGA